AUGGAUGGCCCAGGCCAGACCUCGAAUGCCGCCCCCGCGGGCAACUCCAGCGAUUUUGUGCGCAAGCUGUACAAAAUGCUGGAGGACCCCUCCUACGCGUCCAUUGUGCGCUGGGGUGAUGAAGGAGAUAGCUUCGUCGUUCUAGAGUGCGAGAAAUUUACUAAGACCAUUCUGCCGAAACACUUCAAGCACAGCAACUUCGCCAGUUUUGUGCGCCAACUCAAUAAAUACGACUUUCACAAGGUCCGCCAGAAUAACGAGGAGAGUGGCCAGUCACCGUAUGGGCAGAAUGCCUGGGAAUUCAAACACCCCGAGUUCCGCGCCAACAGCAAAGAAUCUCUCGACAAUAUCCGCCGCAAAGCCCCCGCCCCCCGCAAGCAGACCCAGAGCAAUGAGGAGUCCGUCCCCACGCAACAGAUUGAUCUGCUCAACCAGCAGAUCCUCGCACAGCAACAACAAAUCCAGCAUCUUUCCGACCGGUAUGCCCAGCUGACUGUGGAUCACCAGCUCAUGUUGCAGGAAGUUAUGCGAGUACAAAAGACCGUGCUGAACCAUGAAAAUGUCAUUCACCAAGUCAUGACUUAUUUGCUCUCAGUGGACGCGCGCCAGCGAAGAGAUAGCAAGGCCGUUGGAUUCCAAGGGCAGGGCUCGACCAUGAGCCCCAUGCAGGUGGGAGCGGUGGACGACGAGCCAUCCUCUCCACUGCAACAAGCCUCAAAGUUACUAAAUGAUAUGAACGCUGAGAUCCAGUUCAACUUGCCGAACAUGGAUUCGGCAAACGAUGGCCAGAAGGUGACUGGUGCGGCACCCGUCGCUACACCCGCAAUGGAUGCACCUCGGAAUGGGAUGGUUCGACCGGCAACUACUGUACCACCCAACCCAGCGAUGGCCUACCCAAAAAUGGGUAAUGACUUGGAACAAGUGGUAUACCCCGUGGGUGCGACCAACGGUAUCGACCCUAUGUAUGGCGAGCAUAUCAAUAAUGUUCCGUACCCGAUGCCCACUAAGACCGAAGUCGACACCGCCGAGGCUCGCCGACAACAACCAGACAAUCGUAAGAAGAGUACCAACGUGGACCCCGGCUGGAUGCGCAGCCCGCGGAUCCUGUUGGUUGAAGACGAUGCGACUUGCCGACAGAUUGGUGGCAAGUUCUUAUAUUCUUUCUCUUGUGUCAUUGACACUGCAUUCGAUGGUUUAGAAGCAGUGAACAAAAUGCAGGGUGGCUCGAAGUACGACUUGAUUCUGAUGGAUAUUAUCAUGCCCAAUCUGGACGGUGUAUCGGCCUGUCAUUUGAUCCGCCAGUUUGACCAAACUCCUAUCAUUGCUAUGACCUCAAACAUUCGAAGUGACGACAUUCAAUUAUACUAUCAACAUGGAAUGAAUGACGUGUUACCCAAGCCAUUCACUCGUAAAAGUCUUCUCGACAUGCUGGAGACUCAUUUGACUCAUCUCAAGACAAUUCCCCAAGGCAUCGAGGGCCCACCAGCCCCGGUAGCCGUCACAAUGGCUUCCCAAACAUCAGCUACGCAGUCUAUCAAGGAAGAUAGCUCACCCGGCCAGUCACCCGCAGCAUCCAUGACCAACUGGCAAUCACCCGGCCAGUUCCAAGGCAUGCAAGCGGUCCAACCAACUAUGCCUGCCAUUCAAGGACAGUACGUCGCCGCACCUUCUGCGCCCCCGGCGGCAUAUGCUGUCGAUCCGAAUGGCGUUCAGUUCCCUGCUCCACCAGUUACCGUUCCUUCGUCCGGGCCCCCAAGUCGACCACCGCACCGUCGGCAGAUGUCUGAUAUGUCAAAUGCGGCAGAGAAUCAGCAGAACAUGGCUAAGCGACAACGCAUGUAUGCCCAGCCCCAGCCAAUGAUGGCAGUACAAGCCGGACGGCCUGUUUAA